CCUCCCAGCUGCUGCCCUCCACAGCCGCCUUCUCUGCACACACACGUUCACUCACACUCACGUCCGGCCUUUCAAAGAUCCGAGACGCAGCAAUCACCCGCGCGCGCUGGCUCACUGUGACUCCUUCGGGGUGAACUUUCUUGAGAACACACGAAGGAGUGGCAUCGGCAGCAGCAUCAGCAGCAGCGGCGGCAGCAGCGGUACAAGGGAGGAGCAGCAGCGGAGGUGACAGCAUACGCCAAAUGUGCAGCCUUAGUCUUUUUUUGCGUCGAAUUUGUGUGGCUCUGAAAUCGCCAGCGAGUGAGACGCGGGGAGAGGAAGGGGAGAGAGCGAGCGAGGGGAAGGGAGGGAGAGAGGCAUUGGUGCGCCGCUUUGCUGCGGUUCGUGGUGCAGAUGGCAUUUUUCUAAAUGUUUAUAUUUUAAAAAAACGUUGCGCGUUGCAAGCGGGUACAGUACGGUCUUUAAGUACGAAUUAAAGCAAUACUUUUCUCAAGCAUCGCAGAGUAAUAUUUGUUAUUAAUAAUGAUCAGCACGUUAAGAAUAGUUUUUGUACAAAAUUUGUAUUGUAAUUUUAUCCAGUGAUUGCUUAUCUUUUUUCUUUAACAAUAACAAGUGUUAACAAUAAUUUAUAAGUAAUACAGAUAAUACAUAUAUGUAAAAAUAAUCCACAUUUAAAUUCAAUGAGAAGAAUACAUUAAUGAUUUGGGAAUAUAUAUCCAUUUGUGCAAAAUAUUUAAACCAAUAGAUUGAAUAAAUUUAGCAGAAAAUUUCGUGACAUUUUAUUGCAAAGCCCUGUACAAAUACGCUUUCAGCGAACAUAAACAGAGGCGAAAAAUAUCUAAGCAAUGACAAAUCAAAGUCGAAUAAAUAAAUAUAGAUUACAUAACAGUACCAUAAACUGCUAAAUCUUCAUCAAUUGAGCUGAACUCCGAACAUAAACCACGUAAAAAAACGGAUAAUGAACGAAUAAUUGAUUUGAAAGGAGUGUCGGCUUUGUGAAGAAAUCCACGCUUGCCCAGACAUAUCUCUUUGGAUAAAAUCGUCUUGGCAGCACAUCUCUCCACAACUGAGCCAGCCAGCCAGAAAGCCUCUUAGUUGACCAGCCAGCCACACAGCCAGCCAAUCAGCCAGUUACUUAAACAGUCAGCCACAGCCAUUACAAUUAAUCACCCAGCUAAUUAGCUAUUUUAACAGCCAGGCGGGCAGUUAGCCGAGCAUACAUCCAGACAUCCAGCUUAUUAUCCAGCUAUUCAGCCAGACAGCGAAUUAUACAGAUAACCAGCCAAAUCUGACCAGCCCACCGGAAUUCCAGCCAGCACAGCCAGCUAACCAAACGGGUGACCAGCCAUCUGGUCAGCUAACCCUCAGCCAGUCGACUCUGUGCGCCACCUCUCCGAUUGGCGGUGGCAGUCAGCGUGGACGUGCUAUUCUGUGCCUCGGUCGCCCAUCCAUCUGCAAACGUGUGCCCCAAACGCCUCCUGCGGGCCAUUUGGGCCAGCAUGCGUCUCAAGCGCAAUGGAUCGUACACGCUACACAGGAAGAGCAAGAAGGAGAAGGAGAAAUCGUCGGAGACGAAGAAGCUCUACCUGGAGCUCGAGUACGCACGCGCGCACGUCACCGACUGCGACUUCCGCUCGCUCGUGCGGCUCCCUCCAGCCAUCGACCGCAACGAGUGGCUCGCCACCUACACAACGACGUUCUUCAACCACGUCAACCUGCAGUACAGCACCGUGUCGGAGUUCUGCACCAGCACCUCCUGCCCAUGCAUGACCAUUCCUGGCAUGCAGCUGUACUGGCAGGAGGGCGAGCGUGGCAAGAAGCUCAAGUGCACGGGGCCACAGUACGUGGACUACGUCAUGUGCUACGUGCAGCGCCUCGUCACCGACGAAAAGAUCUUCCCGACCAAAUACGGCCGCGACUUCCCCAACUUCUUCAACUCGUACGUGCAGAAGAUCUUCCGCUACCUGUUCCACGUGCUCGCCCACGUGUACUGGGCGCACUUCCGCGAGACGGUGGCGCUGGACGUGCACUCGCACCUCAACAGCCUCUACGCGCACCUCCUCACCUUCUGCGUGGAGUUCUCGCUGCUGCCGCCCGAGGAGCUGGCGCUCAUGGCCGAGCUGAACGAUGCGCUGCUGCCGAGGCCGAGCGCCGUCGGGCCGCGUGCCCAGAUCUCGCGCCGACGCUGACGCCGGUAGCGACCGUACGUGCGUGCGUGCGCGUCUGUCCGUUCGUGUUACGUCUUUUGCCCCGGCAGGGGAAUCCAAACGGGACUGAUAUCGUUUUAGCGAUGGAAUUGCGCGAUGAGGAAGCUGACGAAAGUGAAGAUGCAAGACGUAGGGAAAAAAGAUGGCCCCGUUUUUUUUUUUGUAAGAUGAUGUUGUUGUUGGUGGAUGGCGCCUGCUACUGCUGCUGCUGCACUAUUGUCGAUUGAGGAAGUUUCAUGGGAUUUUAGCAGAAUUCAGACGCCCCGAUUCAUCAUAGUCAUCGUCGCCGUCAUCAUUAUCGGCGUUAACGCAAAAGCCGUCUCGGGGAUGUUACGGUGACUCGAAACGGACUUCUCGUCUUGCUGUUUUGGGCACGUGCUGCCUUUUUAUCUCUUUCUUUUACUCUACAAGACAAAAAACCAUCAGUACAAUUACUCGCUUUUCAGUGUAUGGAACACGGGAGACGACCCCGAAAAUAAAUCUGCUCCAGAUUUUUUCUGUCAUUGCAAAAUAUGCAGCACAAUUAAGGCUGGGGUGGGGUUUUUUUAAUAUAUGAUCAUAAUAAAAAUGCUUUUUUUUUUUAAACCUUGCAAAAAAUAAUCGUAACGUGAGCAAAAUCUUGGUCUCCCGAGAUGAGCUGUUAUGCUUACUGUCAUUAUUACCUCCUCAACGAAAAGGUCAAUUGAUGCGUACGCGUGUGUGUAUGCGUGCACGCACGUGUGUGUGUGUGUUUAUAUGCGGUAUACGUGUUCGUUCAUUACAUCUUGGGGACCGGUGCUGCUUUCCCACUGUGGCCUUUGCUCAUUGCGCGACCUUGAAGGGGUCCAGUUCAGUGGGUAGUAUAUUGAGGAAAGUGACGAGCAUUCUGCGUGCGAGUCGAUUGGUGGUGCAUUUGUGAGCGUUUAUUAAACCUCUGCUGGUGGAACUAAUUAAAAAAUUGAGGCACCUUUUUUAAAAGAGAAGAGCAAACAUAUUUCCUGCAAAUUCUUUUUUGUGAAGCUGCUGCAAGGGUUAGCCAUUCGAAAUGGAAAUAAAGUAAUGUUAAUAUGCAAUAGCUUUUUUUUUUAUUAAUGUCAGUGGAUUUCGUUGUGAGUAGAUAUUUACUUGAGAGAUAUAGCCCGUAUGUAAUGUACAUUUCUGUGGUGGUGGUGGUGGUGUUUGCAUACAAGUGGGCUGUCUUUAAAUGUGUACAACAUUCAUUUAACAACAGCACCAAUGUUUUUUUUACUUCAGCUCAUUAUGUUAAUCAUGUACAGUCAAAUGUCAACGAUGUUGUUAAACAUUCUAAAAUAAUUAUCCACGAUUGAGGUACCAUGUUAGUUAGGUUUAAUUUGGUUUGAUAGUCGUCAGCAUUCGCAAACUUUCUUAAUUGUCUUUAAAGCAGGCAUACUGUAUAAUCGUGCAGGAGUUACAAUGUGUCGGGUUUUUCUGCGCUCUGUGCAGAUGUCACCUAUAUUUAAACGGUGUUCAGAGCUCCAUUGAGAACACGAGGAGUCUCGUUUUAUUGACGGGAGACUUCGGUGAAAUGGAUUUGUUUCAAGAAGACCCUUUUUUAUAAUUAAAUUGAGGAUUAUGGAAGUGCCUUUUGCAUCUUGAGUGUCGCAUCUACUAUGCAAUUUAAAAUGUUAUUUAAGUAAAGUUCCCUGCUCGGUCAAGCAUUGGGGGUUUGCAUUCAGCACUCAUCUCCAUUGGUGGCCCGGAGCCAUCGCUGGAAAUUCCACAUUAUUCCCAUUACGUUAUUCCACAUUAUUCCCAUUACGGGGGGGGGGGGCAAUUUGAAAUGGAUAUCAAUGUCCUUUAGCAAAAUGUUAACGUUGGGAUACCCUUUAAAAACAGAUGGUGUCAUCGAGCUCAGUAGAUGCAUUUCAUUUAUAUUACCCAUAGGUUGGAAAAUAUUUAAAUAGCUCAGAUUAAAGGUUGGCACAUUAAUCAUUUAAAAUAUCCAUCCACAAAACUCACGUUCCGAAUUUGUUCCUCGUUGUGAUAUUUGGUCAUUGCCUAUUUUAAUAUUUUAAAAUUUAGAUUGUAAGAGGAGACUGGGUCCCCGGAGAAAGCCCACAAUUCCAAGAGGCGACUCCUCCAACUCUGCAACGACCUACUUGCCGUACUUCCUCGUACAUGUCCCUUAGGAAGUGGAUGCCCCAUGAAUAUCACCGGUGUGGCGCUCAUCGCUCCAGAGUAAUCCACCUGCCCCACCACUGCCAAGCGGCUUGGCCAGGCAGCUCUAUCAUUGGUACCACACAUCAGUGGAAUGCAUUAAACAAAUUUAAUUUGAAUGUUGUAAAAUCCUGCAGGAUCGUACGGGAUGUUGUGAAGUCCAUUACCGUAUUCUCCGGAUUAUAAGACGCUCUGGAAUAAAGUUAUCUCAAUCUGGUUGGCUAUGUAUGGCGGGAAGUGCUUCUUAUAGUCCACAGAAUACGCUAAUAUGUUAUGUAAGGUGGGUAGCCCAUGCUUUGACAUUGCUUAUCAGGGUUGAUUCGCUUUGUCCCGUGUCCGACGGUGCUUCAGUCGCGCCGCAUGUUUCGUGGAAAAAUAGAACAGCAGCAGUGCUGCUUGCAGUUGUCGUUAUAAUCGCCGUGCCGUCACUUGUUGCAGUGUGUUCACGGUCAUUUGCUGAGCGGGCGUUAUGAGCCUCAUUCGCGUGCGAAGUCAUCACGGAUAUUCAACCCCCCCCCCCCCGUGUUGUAUGCAGUAACUUAUGUGUGUGUGUGUGUGUGAGACUUUACGUUCCGCUUCUUCGACGGAUUGUCUCACCUUCGGGGGUGGGGGUCGCGGUUCGAAUCAAGGUUUGACUGCUUUCUUUUCUUGUUCGUACAUUCGGCUCGUCGUGGUCUCGUUUCCCCCACUAGGCUGACGGUCACAUUUCCAUAGAAUCGACGCAAGAAAAUGACAUCGGAUCCUUAACGUGCAUGGUUCGUGCACGUACGUACGUACGUGCGUGUCUGUCGUCGGUGUAAGAUUCGGUUUUGAAUCGAUGGUGAAUCGUUGCAUACCGAGUAACUCUAAAACAGAGGAACCCCUCCUCUGAUUCUGCAUUCAGUUCCUGCUGGACGUUGUACGCAGUUUUUACGAAAGCCUUGCAUUAACAAUAAUAUAUAAUGUGACAGGUAUUUUUUUAUGUUUUGCCAAAGGAGAAUAUGGGAUCAUUUUAUACAUUGUCAAUAGUUUGUCUUAUUUUUAAUGGGUGGUUGGUUUUAUUUUUUAUGUUGUUUUGGGUGGGAAAAAAAAUCAAAAAUGUAUGACUUAAGAAAGCAUAAUCGUUUAAACCGCUACGCAAGUGCAGAUGCAAAUGCUGAAUGCGGUCGUGCGGCAUUUGGUUCGUGUGAACCCAGUUCCCAGGAUCUGCGUUCGUCAGGGGCAGUAUAUUUUAAGCGAACAUUUGUACACCCAGACCAACGGUUUGCCUUGCAACUUGAAAAGAAUAGUGCCUCACUUUGUCACAAGACUCGCCCGAUACAAUCUGCAACAGUUCUUGGCAUUAAAAAAAAUGAAUUGCCUUUCCCGGUUAAUAACAAAGUGGGCCCUUUUUCUAUAUAUUGCUGCAAUUUUUAGCAUGUGCACAAACAUUUAAAGUGUCAUUUUUAGAAACGUAUUUAUCCACGUAAGGAAUAUUCUUUUAGUCGCUAAUGUAAGCAAACGCUAUGUAAUCGUCUCUCUGGUAGAUUGUUUAUUUAUGUGCAUCAAUCCAUUGCCGCAUUUGAAAAUGUAAGGUUUAUAAAAAAAAAAACAGUAUGACAGACAAUAUAAUUGUAUGCAAAUGAGCAGGACAGCUAUAAGGAGUAGUAAAAUGCAAACAGUGCAUUUAAAAGGCAACGUCUUUGUCACACAGUGACCCUGCGACUACUAGAGCUGGGCUUUACGAUGAUUGACGUGAUCGAUUGAUCUAUCGGUUCGUUUUCUCGACUAAUUGGAAAAGACGAAAAUAGUUGGUAACAUCGAAGUUUCCCCGCCUGUUCCCCACCGGACAGCAGCUGAUUGGGCGAGGCUUGGUGGUGUCAUGGCCAGUGGCGUGACGUCACCAAGUGCCCUGUGGUGGUAGCGGGGGGGGGGAGAGAUUCCCACCUUCGAUGGAGGGGGUGGGAAGCCGAAUGGGUGUGGUGGUGGGGGGGUGGGCACCAAAGAGUGGUCGAUUUGCGAUUCCCAGACCUCAUCGCUUCAUUGGCCCAGUUCUUCGCUUGCAUCGCUGACAUUAGCUCCUAGUCACAGGUCAAAAGUCACGCCGUGGUCGAGUCACUUCGAAUGGGCCCCCUGGACUCCCAAGGCAGCCACCGCCGAUGGCUCGAGGAUCCCUGUGCGUCGUGGUGAUGCCGGUCGUCGUCGUUUUUCAUUCUGCACGUGCUCGGUGUUUCGAGUAAUUCUGUCCGGUCGUUUUUAUCUAUUUUCGAUUUUUUUGUUUGUUUGUUUUUAUCUCUUAAAAACUGUUUUUGUUUGUUUUGCGCUCCGAGGUGUGUGUGUGUGUGCAUGGCAGCUAGCUGUGUCAUGCGUGGAAACGGAUCAAUAAAAAUUAAAUGCGCUCAC